AUGGAAUUUGGGACUUCCGAAUUUUCAUUUAAAUCUGUAUCAGUGUACACAAUUUUCCUAGUGUGGAACGCGCAGGGUGUGGCGAAUGCCCGCACGAAGAGACAUCUAAGAUAUCUAAUUCGGGAACAUAAGAUUUUGUUUGCAGCAGUGAUUGAACCACAUAGGACACUACCAGCUUUAGGAAGGAACUUUCAGGGCCUUCGGUUUGCGGGAUCUAAUGAAAGUGGUCACAUUUGGAUUCUUGCUCAUGACGAUUGGACAGUGGAAGUGGUUGAUGACUCCAGACAGGCUUUACACGUUAAAGUCUCUGCCGCAGUCUUCCCACUCCCAAUCUACAUCACCAUAGUCUAUGGGCGGCAUACGAGAGAGACGAGACGUGCACUUUGGGAAAAGUUGGGGGACAUCUCGCUGGUUGUGGAGGGCAGACCCUGGCUAGUGGGAGGAGACUUUAACAUGUUUCUAACCAAUGAAGAGAGGCAAGGGAGUGACACAGACAGACACAGAGACAUGAUGGAGUUUGCCGAUGCUAUUGCUGAGUGCCAGCUGAUCGACCCGGGGUUUGAUGGUCCGAUCUUCACGUGGCACAGGGGGGGCUUUGGGAGAGGUUGGACUGCAUCCUGA